UUGGAAUUGGAAAAACAAACGUUCCGCGGCGGUCAGUCUUCUGUCAAAUUUCUUAUUAGUCAGUUGUCGGUUGUUGAUUUUUCCUUGGCGUUGCAGCUCCGCCAGUCGUAAACAGAAUUUCCACCAAAACAUAGCGUGUGGUCCAAGUAGAUAGCUCCCCGGAUAGAAAGAGCAUCCAUCGUGUAAAGUGAUUGAUAUAAUUUACCUACAAAUCACGUAGAAUUUAUGCUUUUCCUCAAGUGAAGAAGUGAAAUUUCACUUUGCAUGUGGUGUAGUGAAGAAGCGCCACACGUGAGUGUGUGUAUGUGCAAGAAAUUUCGAGUGAAUCCUAUUUAGCAAAUAAAGAAAUUUAAGUGCAAUUUUGUGUUUUUCUACGGUUAUAAGUGAUUUGUGAUUUAUGUUGAGUGUUUAGUGUGUUGAUGGGGUUUCAUAUUAAAUUGUUGCGUCGAGCAAUUGGAAAUUGAAAUCAAAACAAUCCCCUCCGCAGGUGGUGGUGGGCAGUCACAGAUGAUAGUUGAUUUUCGGAGUGGGCGAAUUGCAGUUUGUGCAUUCAAGGUGCCGGCGCAAAACAUUGUUUUUGCAACGAGUGUGACUUAUUUUAAGAGGCGUACCUCACAGAAAGUUUGGAAAAUUUCGCGAAGAGAUAUGUAAACAAUUUGAGUGAUGAUGGAAAAUAUUACCGAAAGUUGGACCUACUAUAUGUACGUGCUGCUGACACUGGUUCCAGUCUAUUUGGCAUUUCAAUUAAUUAAGUUUUUCGGCUGGGAAUUGUUUGUCAACAACUGACACAAACUACAUACAACAACAACAACAAUAACAAUAACAAAUAUAAGUGAAAAAAUAAAGUGUAUUCUAGCCGUGCCUAACUGCUGGUGGAAGCUGAUAAAGCACAAAUAAGCUCCAGUCUAACAAAAAAUAAAUGAAUGACUCUAAUAACACCUAAAGGAUAAGACGUACAACUUACGGUGAAUAGGUGAGGAUCGAGUAAUAGCUCACCGUCAACAAUAAAAAUAAUAAAUAUAAAUCAUUUACGGCAUUUAGCGUGUCAAAAGAAAAGAGAAAACAAAAAAGCCGAGCCGAGCAAAAAAAAGAGAGCAAAGUCAAUGUCUUGCGCUCAACCAAAGCAGUGAGUGCAAGAAACGCUUGGCAAGCAGCGUGGCAGAAAGAAAGCGAAGUCGAUAGAAAAAAAAA